UAACACAGACCCAGAAAGACAAAUAUGGUAUGUGCUUACUCUUAAAUGGAUAUUAAAUGCAAAGCAAAGGGUAGCAGGGAAGUAAUAGCUAGACCAUGUGACAUCAGCACAUGGACAUUCUACUGUCUCCUGGAGAGCCCUGGCAUUCCAUGUGAUGUCACCAGUGUUGUGGCAACACCAACUGUCAUUGGGGCAUUGGUGCAGUGUCUCGUGUUUCACCUACAGACAUGCUGACUAGACUGAACAGGAUUCUUGGGAGACAGGAUGGCGAGCACAGGGAGAUCAGAGGGAGGCAGAAGGAAGAUGGCCUUCAGUCUCCAUGUCACACAUCAAGAAACAAAUGGUUCUGGGGAAAGCACAGGACUGCUAGGAAGGCAUCAUCCACACCCUUCUUCCUCACUGAGCAGGAGCAGCAGCUGAACCAGGUGGAAAAACUGAAACUUCAGCUACAGAUGAUGACCAAUGACAGGAAUGAACUGCGUGAAUUCCUGGCCCAUUACAACAAUGAGUUGAACAACAGGCUGAAUUUGGAGAAUGAGAUGCAGAACACGGAGCAUAAGAAGGAUAUGUCAGAUGUGAAGAAAUUACCCAAGGAGAUUAGUGAGGCCUUGUACAAGUGCACAGAGCUGAGUGAGAAGACCAAAACCUACCGCACCCUCUACAGUCAGCACCUGAGUGAACAGACUCAGCUGAAGGAAAAAGUGAGAAUGUUGCUAGAGGACAAGAAAAAGCUGCAGGGGGAGCAGAUUUUACUACAAGAGUCCUGUGAGGAAGCAAAGAGGCUCUGUGAAGAGGCCCAUGAGAAGAUAUAUGACCUCUGGACAAGGCAGCUGCAGGAACAUCAAAGACUUGAGAAAAAUCUUCAGGCCCUGCUGAAGCAAAAGGAGCUGCUCACCAGGCAAAGGGACUUGGCAUCAAAGCUGCAGCAUCACUUCACUGUGUCCCAGAUGAGGUUUGAAAACCUCCAGCAGGAACUGGAGCAGACCACAGCCCAGGAAGAGAGCCUCCUGCAGAUGGAGCUGCUCAGGCAGAAACACUAUGUUCUAGGCAAGUCAGCCACCAUUGAGUCCCAUUCCCAGUAG